ACAGAUUUUCUCAAUUUCAACCAGGUACACGCCAAACCAUCGAGUCUAUCUGGUUUCUUCAGAGUUGCGCUCAGCUAUGGGGAAGAAAAAUCGCACAGGAACUGGGCGAAGAACAAUUAUACAGCUCUCUCCACCAGGGCAUCGCACGGGCACGUCGGGUGGACAAGAGGACGUGUUGGGAUCAGGAUCAGAAGACGAACAAGAAGGUGAUGGGCAGGGAGUCUUAAGAGAAUCUAUGAAAGAGAUGAAAACAGCGGCGAUGAUGACCACACAGGGUUUAUCGCUCCUGGGGGUGUAUGAGGACAGUGAUGAAGAGGAUGGAGUGGAUAACCAGUCAUCUGCACCAAAGGCCAAACUUAACCAGUCAGGAGACAUUGACAGCACCUUGGCGAAUUUUAUGGCUGAGAUUGAUGCCAUAACCACCGCGCCAGCUCCACCAGAUGGGCCGCCUGCUGACAGCCCUGCUCCAGUCCCUACUCCUCCACGCCCUGAACCCAAAACAGACCAGCAGACACCGGAGCAAAAUGGACAAGCGCAAGCCGCCUCGUACAACACUCAGUAUUCACUGGCUGGUGUGGGUGUUGAGAUGGGUGAUUGGCAGGAGGUAUGGGAUGAGAAUACUGGUUGUUACUACUACUGGAACACCCAGACUAACGAGGUGGCAUGGGAACUACCCCAGGACCUGGCCCACCAGGUCCAGAACCUUCAGCAGUACAGAGACAGCUCGACGGUCAACGGUACAGGUGCGUCACACAAUGCAGAAGUGUACUCUGAGCAGCAUGCCUCUGCUUCUGCUUCUGCUUCUGUCAGCGCCCCAAGCACAAAGAGGGAGCCCAAAAAGAAAGAAGUGAUGGAGAGUGUGGUGGCCAUGACUAGUGAGGAAGAGGAUAGGAGAGGGGUCGCCGCUUCCCUCCUUGCAUCACUUAUCCCAGAUGAGGUGAAAGAGGCGGAAGAGAAGUGGAGGAAGAGCGUGAUUGCUGUGGAGACGAAGAUGGACACUACAGAUGGGGAAGAUGAUGAUGGAACCCACCCUUCAGGGUCCCCAGCCCAGAGAGACGGGGAUAGCGUCUCCUGUAGCAACCAGCCAAGCAGGAGUCAGUCGCCAGACAACUCUGAGGCAGAGGAAGACACCAUAGAAUUGGAGCUGGCGCUGGAGAGGAAGAAGGCUGAGCUUCGUGCUCUUGAGGAAGGUGAUGGCAGUGCUGAAGGCUCCAGCCCCCGCUCUGAAGCCAGUCAAGAUGGCCCCCACAGCGUGGCCCCCAAGAAGACCAAAUGGAAGACUCUAGUGCGUGCGCCGAGCCCAGACUCUACCAGCCGCAGCUCUGACAAGACUGCCGUGGAUACACAAGAGCAAAGCGACACACAUUCCAAGUCUUUGGACAAGCCAGACGAAGAUGACAAGGAGAAGGUUAUCUCCAGAUUGCAGCCAAAAGAGGAGGAACCGCCUGCAGACCUCAAGUUCCAGAUUGGAGAGCUUGCCAACACUUUAACCAGCAAAAUGGAGUUUUUGGGGAUCAACAAAAAGGCCAUAUCUAACUUUCAGCUGCUUUUGCUCCAGACAGAGACGCGGAUAGCAGACUGGCGAGAGGGUGCGCUGAAUGGAUCCUACCUCCGGCGCAGGCUUCAGGAAGCUGCCGAGCAUAUAAAACAUUAUGAACUUAACGCCACCCCUAAAGGCUGGUCCUGCCACUGGGACAGAGAACAUAGACGCUACUUCUAUGUGAACGACCGGAGCAGUGCCUCACAGUGGGACUUCCCCGUGGUGGAGGAUGAGGAUGACGAAGAUGAUGAUGAGAUGAUGAUGAGGAAGAGGGGAACGAAGCAGGCAAUGCCAGCAACCGGCAAGAUGAGGCAGCACUGCACCUCCUCGAGUGCCCCAGCACCCACCCCCUACUGGCCAAUGGCUCCAACCUCGCAGCCCCCCCCACCCCCACAACCACCCCUGCCUCCAGGUGAACCCCCUCCCCCUUCAGAGGCCCCGCCGCCUCCCCCCCCACCCCCAGACUCCCCACCCCCUCCCCCCCCUCCUCCGCUCAGUGAUGAUGGAGAGAUUGAGGAGGUGGAGAUGGAGGAUGAAGAGGGAGAGCCACCAGCCCCCGGAACGGAAGACAGCAAGGCUGCUGAAGCGGCAGCCUCUCUUGGAAUCACGGCCAAAGGUCUGAAACGCAAAGCCCCUGGUGGUGGCCAGACCAACAAAGCAGUCACCAUUGGGAGCAAUGCUGUCCUUUACACCCAGUCAUCUGCCACCGCAGAUCCUGUGUUGACUGGCGGUGCCUAUUGGGGGGUGUCUGCUGCACCUGUGGUCCCCGAGGCUGCUGCUGCUGCUGCUCCCCCUGCCCCUCCAGCCUCCCAGCUGCCCGCGACUCUGGAGCUGGAAUCAGCCAAGGCAUCGGCACUGGACAAGACCAAGAAGCCUAAGAAGGAAAAGACAAAGAAAAGCAAGACUAAAAUGCCAUCCCUAGUGAAGAAGUGGCAGAAUAUCCAGAAAGAGCUUGAUGAAGAGGAGAAGAGCAGUUCGAGUGAUGAAGACCGUGACCAGAUGAACAGCCGACGCAUUGAGGAGUGGAAGCAGCAGCAACUCGUCACAGGGAAGGCAGAGAAGAACGCUAACUUUGAGACCCUGCCUGACGACUGGAGGCAACGCCUACUGAAGAAGAAGAGGAAGAUGAUGAAGAGUUCGUAGUGCUGAAAGCCAGAUCAAAUGACUUCCUAAUAAUCAGUGGACUCUGUUUCUGUGCCCUGCUCAAGUCACUUAAUGUAUCUUACGGACAUGAUUGAAGAAACCUGAAUGUUCUGUUGACUGUAUAUUGGUGUUAGUCCCCAUUGGGCAUUAGAGCCCUAUUCAAGUUAUCUAUGGUUCCUCAUUUUAAAUGCAGUCGGUGUGCCAUAACUCAUAAAGCUUUUUUUUUUUUAAUGGGGUUCCUUCCUUUUUCAACACACACCAUAUUGGUCUGAAGUAAUAUUACUUUUAUCAUGUGAUAUUACCAUGUAAUAGUUGCACUGUAAUAAGUGUGUUCCAAUUUACCGGUCACUAUUAUUACAGCUACAUGCAGUGCUUUCUCAUGUAAUAUGUAAAUUACAAUAGUACUUGAACAGGCAUUGUUUAGAAAUCAUAACAUACUUUAGUUUUUUUCCAUGGCUAUAUGAAACAAUAUCAAAUUCCAUUACCCACUUGAACAGAAUGUAUCAAGCCACUUCUAUGUAUGUGCCAAUGACCGCUGGAACCCUUGGUUUUGUGUCUUCAUCUCAUGUAAAACACCAACACCCCCCCCCCCCCUUACAGUAUGAUAACUUCUUUCUGUUAUCGAAUGAGGUAAAAGGCCAAGAAACAUUUUUUUUAUGUGUAAAUAAUGAUAAAGUUUUUGCCAAUUGUGUUUA